UCAGGAAUAUCUCCUCUGGUGUGUGGAAAGCUCCUGCAGCUAUGAAGGAAAUGGCACCAGGAGCUCCAGAAGACUCUGGAAAGCUUUCAAAUCCAAUGGGAUGGCUAUACAGGCCUCCUGGGAUGGAUGUCACCCGCCUACUCCUGGCCACCCUGCUGGUCUUCCUCUGCUUCUUCACUGUCUACAGCCACCUGCCACCUGAGGAGAAACUCCGAGAUGACAGGAGCCUGAGAAGCAACUCCUCUGUGAACCUACUGGAUUUCCCUUCUGUCUCUAUUGUGGCGCUGAACAAGAAAUCCAAACUUAUCAGCAGAACAGAAGCAGAAAAGAAGAGAUCUUCUAAGAAGGAAGCUUCGAUGAAGAAAGUGGCGCGGCCCCGGACCCCCCUGUCUGCGCCCUGCGUGGCCACCCGCGACAGCUGCAAGCCGCCUGCACCCGCCUGCUGCGACCCGUGCGCCUCCUGCCAGUGCCGCUUCUUUCGCAGCGCCUGCUCCUGCCGCGUGCUCAGCCUCAACUGCUGAGCGCGCCCUCUCCCGGCCGCCGGCGCACAGGGUUUUGGGGACGCGGGGCGCUUUUCGGGCGGGUGAUCUCUAACAGGGCGGCUUCCCACGCCUGGGGGCGGGCGGAGGUUGCAGGAGGUGGGAGUUCAGGGAGACCUGGCUUGGGCUAAACUCGAAAUACAAUAUAUAUAGGCUG